AUGCUCGCAAUUGCCGAUUACAGCCAAGUGGACGCGCAGGGAGAUCUGGACAGCUCUCAGUCGGUUCGGAACGCCAUCGUUAAUUCGGCCGACAGAGUUUUCACCGUCCUGUUCGCGAUUGAGUGCACUAUGAAGAUCGUCGCCAUGGGAUUGUUUGGCGAACAAGGCGCGUAUUUAAUGGAUCCGUGGAACUGGAUGGACUUUAUAGUAGUAUUUAUUGGUAUUUUAGCCGUUAUCCCGGGUAUUCCAAAUGUUUCGAUGCUUCGGAUAUUUCGCGUAUUGCGCCCAUUACGGAGCUUGAACGCUGUUGCCGGCAUGAAAAAGCUUGUUUCUGCCCUGCUCAAAUCUAUUCCCGAGCUGCUCACUGUCGUAGCAUUUCUCAGUUUCCUAUUUUUCUUGUACGGAGUGAUUGGAGUGCAGUUAUGGAGUGGCGUGCUACAUCCCCGGUGUCGACUUACGCCGUAUCCUUUGCGUUUGGACCCUGAAGUUACGUUCACUCAAUUCGACGAUUACAAAACUAUGGCACUCGCAAACUACUCGCUCUUUCCGUGUGUGGAUGAUAACAACACCCAAAUUCCUGUCAACGGGUCUUGGUCUCACGAUACGUCUCCUUGGAAAACCCCGCGGGUCUGCUUUUGGCCUGUUGCUGAGGAAUCUCCAGCUCGGACAUGUGCUCUCAGCAGCGUUCAGUCUCGCUUGUGCCCAGAUGGGCAGACAUGCGGAUCCGACUACGACGCUUAUGGGAAUUUUCGAUUUACCCACCCAGACCGCUCCAUCGUUCGCCGCAUUCUUGAAAGCUCGACCUACAGCGCGGAUCUCAACUGGGGGUUCCUGCACUUUGAUAAUAUUGGGUCAGCAUCCUUGGCUAUUUUCCAGUGCAUUACGCGCGAAGGCUGGUACGUUCCGAUGGCUUAUGCUCACAUGGAUUGGUUACUAACAUUGUUUCAGGAGUGA